AUGGAGUGGAUAAAGUGUCACAAUCGCCAUCUAAUAGAUGCUACUCCACUGUCAUCGAUAGUUUAUUGCAGUAUCCUAUCGACUGCUUUUGUUGGUUCUCUCUAUGUUUUGGUUCCAGCGAAGGUUCGAGCUUUGGAUCGAGAUCAUCCAAUUCAUAUUCAACGACGAGCCUUGGCAACGCUGAUAGUUUGUGGAGGAGCGAUUUUAAGUUACCCGUGGCUCUUUUGCAGCAAACAAGGCCAGUCUCAAGAACAGUCGCUAGGCUCGAUUCCUUCAGAAUUCUCAUUUUGGAAGCUGAUAUUUCUGCCAUCCUACAGUUUGAGUGUUUUGUUGCACACGGCAAUACUCUAUACAGGAUCUUUUGUGGCCACCUUAUUGAAAGUCUACGAACAUCGCCUGAAAUCAGCUGCUCAGGGCAAACCCACCAAGCCUUAUCUAAACGAUGUUGUACAAUGGAUUCGACAAAUCAGUCUUCAACAAUUUCUGGGCCCGGUUCAUAGUACGGGACAGAAAUGGAUCAACUUGCGGAAUUAUGUAAUUGCUCCAUGGACAGAAGAAGUUAUAUUUCGGGGAUGUAUGGUUCCUCGUUUGUUGGCGUGUGGCAUGUCCAACAAUGCAGCCUCGUGGACAGCGCCAAUGUUCUUUGGAUUUGCCCAUGUUCACCACGCAUUUAUGCGAUGGAAAAGGGGCGAAAACAAGAUGUCAAUGAUUGCCCUUCAAACGGCUUUCCAAUUUACAUAUACAUCUCUAUUCGGGAGCUAUGUCUCGUAUGCUUUGAUACGAACUGGAUCUGUGCCAGCCGUGACUCUGAGCCAUGCAUUCUGCAACUUUAUGGGACUUCCUGAUUUCUCUUUUUUUCAACAGACCCACGUCCUCUACAAUCACCGUUCGACAUUGGUGGCUGCUUAUUUGGCUGGUAUUUUGGGCUUUGUUAGCUUGUUUUACAGUGACAAGUUGCUCCCGCUGCCACCGCGUUUGGUCGUUUAG